GCAGCGGCGGCAGAGGCAGCACCAGGGCUGCGGAGCUGCUGGGAGUGGGAGUGACGCCCCCACCUCGGGCCCCCACCCUGUCCCCGUCCUCCUCCCGACUGCCCUGAGUUUAGAGGAGCAGCCGCUGCCACCACCAACCACUCCGGAGGGCGACAGGGCUUCUGGCCAGAGAGGGGCAGGGAGGCACUGGCCAGUCCCAGCAGCUGGGGACAGAUGCCGAUCGAGAUUGUGUGCAAAAUCAAAUUUGCUGAGGAGGAUGCAAAACCUAAGGAGAAGGAGGCAGGGGAUGAGCAGAGCCUCCUGGGGGCUGCUCCCGGGGCAGCAGCCCCUCGGGACCUGGCCACCUUUGCCAGUACCAGCACUCUGCACGGGCUGGGUCGGGCCUGUGGUCCAGGCCCCCGUGGACUGCGUAGGACCCUGUGGGCACUGGCCCUAUUCACCUCGCUAGCUGCCUUCCUGUACCAGGCAGCUGGCCUGGCCAGGGGCUACCUGAGCCGGCCUCAUCUGCUGGCCAUGGACCCUGCUGCCCCGGCCCCCGUGUCAGGCUUCCCGGCCGUCACCCUGUGCAACAUCAACCGCUUCCGGCAUUCGGCACUCAGCGAUGCUGACAUCUUCCACCUGGCCAACCUGACAGGGCUGCCCCCCAAAGACCGGGACGGCCACCGGGCUGCUGGCCUGCGCUACCCAGAGCCUGACAUGGUAGACAUCCUGAACCGCACUGGCCACCAGCUUGCCGACAUGCUCAAGAGCUGCAACUUCAGUGGGCAUCGCUGCUCUGCCAGCAACUUCUCCGUGGUCUAUACUCGCUAUGGGAAAUGUUACACCUUCAACGCAGACCCUCAGAGCUCCCUGCCCAGUCGGGCCGGGGGCAUGGGCAGUGGCCUGGAGAUCAUGCUGGACAUCCAACAGGAGGAAUACCUGCCCAUCUGGAGGGAGACAAAUGAGACUUCAUUCGAGGCAGGCAUCCGGGUGCAGAUCCACAGCCAGGAGGAACCUCCCUACAUCCACCAGCUGGGCUUUGGCGUGUCCCCGGGCUUCCAGACCUUUGUGUCCUGCCAGGAACAGCGGCUGACGUAUCUGCCCCAGCCUUGGGGCAACUGCCGGGCAGAGACUGAGCACAGGGGGCCUGAGCUUCAAGGCUACUCGGCCUACAGCGUGUCUGCCUGCCGGCUGCGCUGUGAAAAGGAGGCUGUGCUGCAGCGCUGCCACUGCCGGAUGGUGCACAUGCCAGGCAAUGAGACCAUCUGUCCACCAAAUAUCUACAUUGAAUGUGCCGACCACAUACUGGACUCCCUGGGUGGAGGCUCUGAGGGCCCAUGCUUCUGCCCUACGCCCUGCAACCUGACCCGCUACGGCAAAGAGAUCUCCAUGGUUAGGAUUCCCAACAAGGGCUCAGCCCGGUACCUGGCGAGAAAGUACAACCGCAACGAGACCUACAUACGGGAGAACUUUCUGGUCCUGGAUGUCUUUUUCGAGGCGCUAACUUCUGAAGCUGUGGAGCAGCGGGCAGCCUACGGCCUGUCGGCGCUGCUGGGGGACCUCGGGGGACAGAUGGGCCUGUUCAUCGGGGCCAGUAUCCUCACCUUGCUGGAGAUCCUUGACUACAUCUAUGAGGUGUCCUGGGAUCGACUAAAGAGGGUGUGGCGGCGGCCCAAGACUCCACUGCGGGCAUCCACCGGGGGCAUCUCCACUCUGGGGCUGCAGGAGCUGAAGGAGCAGAGUCCCUGUCCAAGCCGGGGCCGCGCUGAGGUUGGGGGUGCUAGCAACCUGCUCCCCAACCACCACCAUCCCCACGGUCCUCCAGGAGGCCUCUUUGAAGACUUUGCUUGCUAGGAUGGUGCUGGGUGGGAAAGGACCCAGGAAGUCUGGGACUCCGUCCAUCUGCUCUGAAGGCCUGGGGCAUCUGGGGACUGCGGAAAGGGUGAAGCCAGGCCUGGAGUCCUGCUCUCCCCCACCAGGCUCAGCUAGCUGCCUUGCACAAGGGUCCUUGUCCAUACUUCCCAACCCCAGGCUGGUGGUGUCCAGGAAGGACUGGAGACCAGACGAGAGGGCCCGAGUAGACAGACAGGAAGAGAGGGAGAUGAGCCCUGGCAGGGUAGGACCCUC